UUUAAAAGUGCCCCUUCUUUUCAGACGUUCAGUUGUUUAGCCUGCCUCCGUUCUUUAUUGGCGACUUUAUUGAUUCAACAAAAGGAAAUGACGGGCUUUCUGCCUCCCCUCACUACCAAAUCUAGGAGCAAACAAGCUCUAUUCAGGAUGUCAGAAACAACGGGAAUUAGCCGAGAAACUCAAAAGCGAAAUCAUGAAAAAUUGAGGCGAGAGAUCCUUGUCCUGGUCUAUCAUCACUUAAUGGAAGAAGGUUUAUGUGAAAGCGCCCAGAUGAUGAAUGAGGAGCUCCAAUGGAACUUGAGCGAGUUCCACCCAUGUGAUAACGUCGAUCUACCUUUAAUAUUCAUGGAAUAUCUGGGAUACUACCACAUGAGGUUCCAUCGAAGGCCAAAGUUUUGCAAGAAGCAGGUCAACGAGGCCGUUUUGACAAAAACCAAUCCCAGGAAUCGAGAUAUGAAUGAAAACCACUUGAAUGAACAUGAUGAGUGGUUGAUGACCAACAACUUGAAUGUUCCAAAAUAUCUGUUAUCUAACUCGGAGACCAAAGAAUUGGUUGGACAAAUUCUAAAACAGACGGUUCCACACUCUCAACUCCAGCAGACGGAUUGGGACCACAUUAUAGGCCACGAAGAGGCUAAAUUGGCCAUAGAGGAACUAGCCAUUUUGCCCAUGGAACAUCCUCAACUGUUCUCCAAAUGUGGAUUACAAUACGGAACCAAGUCCAUUCUCCUGGCUGGACCACCAGGAACUGGUAAGACGUCUCUGGUCAAAUGUCUGGCUUCGAAGGCCAAGUUCCACUUUAUGAGCUUGAGUUCUAGUUCCUUGGUGAGUAAGUGGAGAGGAGACUCCGAGAAACUGAUCUCCAUUGUGUUCGAAGUGGCCAGACACAAUGCUCCCACUAUUGUCUUUCUCGACGAGGCCGAGAGCAUUUUGGGGAACAGAUUGGUCAACGGAGAACAUGAGGCUUCAAAAAGGUCCAAAUCUGAAUUAUUGGUCCAAUUAGAUGGCAUGAAUUUGGAUCCAAGGCAGGUGAUCUUCAUUGCUGCCACCAAUAUGCCAUGGAGUUUGGACCCGGGAUUUCUGCGUCGAUUCAUACGCAUCCUCGAGGUUCCACUGCCAAACCAAUCGGAGCGAGAACAAAUCAUCUCAAGACAGUUUCAUAAUGUCACCUUCAAGGUGGAUGUGAGCACUCUUUUGAAUAAGACUGAUGGCUUCUCGGGGGCGGACCUAGUUCACGUUUGCGAUCAGAUCAAGCUCAAGCUCUUCAGACAAACCGUGGAACGGAAUCGUGGAUUAUCGGGACUGAAGGGAAAACAACCCCUGAACUUGGAACCGAUUCUCAGGAACGUGAAACGCUCGACGAAUUCGGAGUGGAACAAAAAGUUUCAUGAUUGGUCGGAAGGACCUACCUGA